AUCGGGUCUGAUCCAGUCCUUCUGGUUGUAAAGUUAGUCGAAGGAAGGAAAAAAAGAGUCGAUGGUGUCGACUAUCUAUGUUAGUAUCAUCCUCGAGAGGCACCUAAUCCCCAGCCAUGAUAGUACUCGAGUUUCCGUGGGAUCUACUUCCGCAGUUCAUCUCUUGCUGGGGCAACUUCAUGCAAGAGCGCGGCAACAUGUACACGGUUUCCGUUGAACUCUAGAUCGAAGGAUGUACGAAUCCCAGGUGUUCAUGUUCAUGUCCAUUUUCAUAACUCUUUGCCAAGAUUGGGGUAUACCUCUAUAUGUAUAUACAACAACAAUCAAAACGCCCGUCCAGGUCUUCUUUUCACCUGGGGCUUCUUCACCACGCUUCCCCCUCCUCCUCCUCCUCCUCCUCCACCACCACCAACUCCUCCAGCUCCAAUUCCAUUGCGUGAAGAACUGGAGGCAGUCACGCCUCCAACACGGCGGGCUGUGGCAGCCGGGCGACGGACCACGGAACUGCCCACUUCGAUCUCCUGCCGGCGUCGGGAGGGGUCGUUGCGCUCCUGUUCCCGCUGCUUUUCCGCGGCGGCCCGUUCCCGAUCCGCGGCCAUUUGAGUUUCGAUCUCCAUGCGCCGGUUGAAUUCCUGUUCGGUGACUCGGCGCUCGCGCUGUGAAUAGCCCUUUUCUUUGACGGAGUAGAAGACGCCUCCAAGUUCGGCGAGCCACUAUACACCGAAGUUUCAGAAGUCAGUUUGAAGGUCAUGGUGGCGAGGAGGGGAUAAUGAUGGUGGGGUUAC